AUGUAUUCAUCGAUUAUACGAACUCUAUAUUGGGGUUACUGGGCUAAUAUUAUAUAUAUUAUUGGUAUGAUAGGAUAUUUAAUAAUCGAUACAAUUAGUUAUAUGUAUAUAUCACUCAAUACGAUAUUUUCAUUUAUUAUUUAUUUAUUACUUGCUAUUGUUUUUGUAAUCGAUGCAAUUUUAUAUACAAUUGAUUGGUAUAUGUAUGCUGUAAAAUUACGAAAAAAUAAAGAUCAACCAAUACAAUAUCAAUCUGAAUUUUUAGCAUGUAUUUUUCAACAUCUUGGUAGUAUAUUUUAUUUCAUUGGUGCUAUUUUAGCUUUUAAUAAAAUUUAUUUAAUAAAAAAAUUAUUAUUUAAUCUUCUGGGUAUUUUUUCAUUUUUAAUUGAAUCUAUAUUUACUUUACUUGGUUGGAUAAUACUAUUUCGAAGAAAACUUUCAAAAACCAAUUGUAGUCUUCAAAAUAUUUAUAUAUGGGCACAUACAUUGAAUAUUAUUGCUAAUCUAAUAUAUUUAUGUGCAACAAUAUUAGCAUAUUAUUUUUAUAGAAAUGACAAGAUGAUGAAUUCAACAAUUGUACUUGUAUUACAAAUAUUCGGUGAUAUUGUCUAUCUAAUCGAUGCUUAUCUUUAUCAUGAAUGUUGGCAACGAGAUAAAGAAGAAUUUGAUGUUGUAACAGAACAACAAAGUUUAAAUAAAUUUUAUUUAGAAAAAUUUGUUCAUCAAAGUAAAACUAAUGAAAAUAAAUAA